AUGAAUGAAUGCUUCGCAAUUCGCAUGCGCGCCACGAGCGACUCUCUUUCCGCUCUGUCUCUUUCCACGACGUGCUACUCGGUCGUCAAAAUGCAGAAGAAACAAAAGGAGCCGAUCCACUCCGUGCAGGUCUUCGGACGCAAGAAAAGCGCGACCGCGGUCGCCUACUGUAAGCGCGGCCGUGGAAAUCUCCGCGUCAACGGCCGGCCGCUCGAGCUGGUGGAGCCCCGCGUGCUGCAGUACAAAUUGCAGGAGCCCAUCCUGCUGCUGGGCAAGGAGAAAUUCUCCGGAGUCGAUAUCCGAGUGAGGGUAAGCGGCGGUGGUCACGUCGCACAGAUCUACGCCAUUCGACAGGCUAUUUCCAAAGCUCUGGUUGCUUACUAUCAAAAGUAUGUCGAUGAAGCCAGCAAGAAGGAGGUAAAGGACAUCCUUAUCCAAUACGAUCGUACUCUCCUUGUUGCUGACCCGAGGAGAUGCGAGCCGAAGAAAUUUGGUGGUCCAGGUGCCAGGGCACGAUACCAGAAAUCCUACCGUUAAUUUUCGCAAACUUUACAUCUUAUUCAUAUUAUUGAAUAUAAAAAAAAACAUUUAAAAUCUAUA